UUUCGUGUUCAAUGGCGAGUUUCAUAGUGAAUGCGAGAAACGCAUCUAUGGAGUGGCAGUACCCGUGGUUUGAAGUUUCCUGUCUGGCUGUCUCUAUGCUCUGGCUAUCCUCCAUGUUCCUGCUCCAAUUUUCAUUCGAGUCAUAUGCACGAAGAGUUAGGCUUUCGAAAUCCGUCAACUGUCAAAUGAUAAGUAGUAGCAGCAGCAGCAGUAGUAGUUGUAGUAGCAGUAGUAGCUGAGGGCAGGUGGUAGGUGAGAGAAUCACAAUGGCAGCCGAAAUCAAGCCCGCGCCCGGGAUGAACCAGGACAAGUUCAGCUCCAAGAAGCCUAUACUUCUGUCGAAGCUCGAAGGUUGCAAUGACGACGUCAAUGCCGCCGUUAUCAUUCCCAGGGUUGACGGCGUCAUCAGCGUCUGCGACGACAGAACUGUCAGAGUUUGGUUGAAACGUGACUCAGGACAAUACUGGCCAAGCGUAUGCAUGUACAUGGUUGCAGCACCAAUCUCUCUUGAUUUUUGUCCUGAAACCAGACAGCUGUUUGUUGGAUUAGAUAAUGGAGUUUUUAUUGGAAAGCGAUUACAAUCGUAUGACAGCCAUUCGAGAAUACAUGGCUCAUCAAGCAAGAGUUGCUGCAGUAGUUUUUUCUUUGAGCUGUGAAUGGGUACUUAGUAUAGGUAGAGACAAAUUGUUCCAGUUCCACAGUACUGAAAAUGGAAAGGAUCACAUCAAAUAAUAUGUUCAAUAAUCCAAAAGGUAACGUCUACAAAAAGUUGCUGUACCACAUGCAUGGAACAUACACCUACAACAUGUUUCUACACAAUAUGGAGGAGUCUUUUGGAAGAAAUAUAAAUCUCGAUAAAAAAAUUUGUGUUUAUUUGAAAAAUUAUUCAUGUUUGUAUGAUAAAACACAUGAAAACUAUUAUUUAAUAAAAGUCAAAGAUAAGGCUUUCAAUGAAAUAGCUGCUAAAAUUAAUUCUGACAAAGAGUUAAAUGUCCUAUUGACUGGUGCUAUUGUAAGAAAGGAAUGGGAAAAUAUAAGAAGGACUUUUGUUAGAAAAUUUAACAAACCUCAUUUAAGCAAGUACUACUUAUACAAUGAACUUCAAUUUCUCAUCCCUCACGUCAUGAAAAAAUACCAGUGUUUGGGAUCAACAGAAAGUGAUGAGCCGUCAACAUCAAAAACUCAAGAUAUUGAAGUAUGUAGUGAAAAGAAUGAUAAAAUCAUUCCACCAGUAAGCCAAUGUUACUUUAAUAAGAAAACUCAUCUCGAAGAAUUAGAAAUGAAAGUUUUAAAAAAUACAAGUACAGCUAUGGAAAAUAUAAACAUUUUAAUGAAGGAUAGUGAUAAUGAAGAGAUUAAAGAUAAUUUUGUACUAUGUAUACAGCAAAGUUUGCAGUAUGUCCCAUCAACCCAUGUGUUGGAAUGUGUUAAUGGGAUAUUAACUAUUAUGGAUAAGUUUAUGAUAUCUAAUGAAGAAUAAAUAUUAAAAAUAAAGACUAA